AACCCUAAACCCUGUCAUCAUCUUCUUCCCGUCAUUUCCUACUCUCUUUCAGAAGCUCAGCGUCCUCACCGUGGCCUCUCUCCGGUUCUGUGCCGCCGUUGCCGUAUUUUUCCGCUCGUGCCACCGCAUCAUCCGUCUCUUAGAGAGUUUGAGCUGAUUUUCUACUCUCUUGCUGUUUCCGCAUCAAGGGAGAAGAGAGCUGAUGGUGGAAGUAUGGUGGUCGAUAUUGGGGGCAGCUAUCCCAGCAGUAGUUGCAGGACAAGCAUACAGAAUGAGGAGGAGGCAUUCUGAGGAGCAGAAAGUAAAGACUGCUAGGGGAAGGGAGAAGAAUCCAGAUGACAUUUUUGUCUGUGAGAGGGUCUGCACAUCAAAGAGAAUGUUGAAAAAGGUAGGCUCAUUCUCGAAAGACCCAAUUCCCGAUACUUGCGUGACUGUGUGUGGAUUAUCUGAACUCGAUGCCUGCACAGAUGCAUGUGCUCGCACUGUCUGUGUGAACCAGCAUCAAGUACCAAACUGGAACGACAUUUGUCUUAGGAGAUGCCAGAGUGAAUGUCUUAAGCUUUCUGCUUCACAUUCAUCUUAGUGAAUAUGGCAUGAUGUGUGUAAAUAAUGCGGUCUUUCCAUGCAUACCCUGUAUUGCAUUUUGAGUUGUGAAACAUUGGCCUACAACUAUUGGCUUUCUGGAAGAUGUUAUGAAAUGUUUUUCUCAAUUUACCAAGUUCCUCUUGUUAUAA